CUUCUUUCUUUCAAUUAAUGAGCAUUAUUAUUAUUAUUAUUUAUUUUAUUUAAAGCCCUUUGCAUUUUAGCUGCUACAUUUCUCUCUCUCUCUCAUGUUCCUUCCAGGCCCCCUCUCUCUUUCUUGCUAAACCAUAACCUCCUCCUUUCCAACACUUUCCUUCUGCUUUCCCUUUGAUUCCCUUUGAUUCUCUCUACAAAGGGAAAGGAAAAGUGGAGGGGGAAACCAAACCAACAGAAAAAAAAAAGAAAAGAAAGGAAAAGCCCAUCUUUAUUCUUUCUUCUUUCUUCUUUAUUCCCUUGGUCCUUCCUAGUUAGCUAGCUAUAAUAAUAGUUGAAAGGUUUGGUUUGGUUUUGAUCCAAGGAUAUGGGGGUUUCAGGGAAGCCUCAAGUGGAUGGGGGGUUAGAGUCCGAAGGCAAAAAAUGGGUUAUUGCUGGGAUUUCUUUACGAGCUCCGUUGAAGCCUAUCUACACAAAUCCAGUGGAGAAAGAUAAAGAAAUUAGUGGCGAAACAGACGAAUGUUCGACGACUCCAACAGGGGAAGAAGCUAGAAUUCCUACGAUAUUGACAUGUCCACCUGCUCCAAGGAAGCGAAAGCCUUCUUUGAAGUGUAACUAUGGAAGUGUUAGAGAGUUCUUUAUUUGCACUUUGAUCUUUCUUUUCCUUCCUGUUGUUGCUGCUGCUCUCUUUUGUUUGAAACAAUAG